GUCUUCGGGUUUACUCGCACCCGUCUAGGACGGAGCGAUCGUGAGGGAGAUGACACCGUUUGCUUCCCUGCGAUUGCUCGGUCCUUUGAAUCUUCUCUUGCUCAAUUCCUCGUGAAUUCCGUUGAAUUCCUCCUCCUUAUUUAUAUAUUUAUAUAUAUAUUUGCUUUGUCUUUCAGCUUCACCAGCAGGCGAGCGUGCUCUCUGAAUCCCCUCGUUAUUCUCUCUCUCUCUCUCGCUCUUGCUGUCUAGAGAUACAUGGACGAGAGAGAUAGGAGCUUCGGGGAGCUCGUAUCGAAGCUUCGGGCAUCUAUUCGGGAUGUUGCUUCGAUGGUUAAGGGCUCUGGAGCCGAGAGCGAGGUUCUAGUGGAGUUCGGAGCUCUGGCGGAGAAGUUCGUGCCUAUUCUCGAUGAUCUGAGCGGUAAUGCUGCGGCGAAAGGCUCGUCUCCCAUGCGAAGUGCGGUCGAGUCGCUCGACAAGGAGUUCGGGCGGGCCAAGGCUUUGAUCAGGAGCCCCAACUCGAGAGAGCCUGUGAAACAGAUUGAGGGCUUGACUCAUGAUCUCGGUCGAUCCUUGGGGCUCGUGCUCUUCGCCAGGCGCGACAUCUCGAUGGAAAUCAAACAGAAAAUCGGUGCUUUGCACAGGGAGUUGAUGAACACCAAUUUCGCCGCCGGCCAAAUUACCUGUUCGAGCGGCAGCAGCGAGUUGGGAUUUGAUAGUGAAUCGGAGAUGGAGGUGGAGGUGGAGGUGGAGGAGGAGGACGAGGAGGAGGAGGAGGAUAUCAUAGAAGAGGAGAGAAUUAAUCUCGACAUCAACGACGUGGCGUUGCAACUGAAGUAUGGCGAUGAUGACCAGCUCAAAUUCGCCCUUCUCGGGUUGCAAGAUAUGGUGAUAGGUAAGGUGGUGAACGAAGAAUGGAUUAGUGAUCAGGCAAUUGUUCCUAUCCUAGUUAACCGACUGAGUGAGGGUAAGCAGAAUAGCCGGCUGACCGUCAUACGUAUAUUGAGAACCCUUGCUUCACAGGAUGCCAAAAACAAGGAGAAAAUGGCAGAUGUUGAUUCUUUAUCGGUGCUAGUAAAGUCUUUGGCACGGGAUGUGGAAGAGAAACGGGAAGCGGUGGGAUUGUUGCUUAGUCUCUCAGAUCUUAACACAGUCAGGAGGCGAAUUGGCAGAAUACAAGGCUGUAUUGUUAUGUUGGUGGCUAUGCUUAACUGCGAAGAUUCGAUUGCCUCAAAUGAUGCGCACAAAUUGUUAAAUGCUCUGUCCAGCAAUACACAGAAUGCACUUCAUAUGGCUGAAGCUGGAUAUUUCAAGCCACUCGUGCAGUACCUGAAAGAAGGUUCUGACAUGAGCAAAAUUCUUAUGGCUUCUGCACUUUCGCGGAUGGAGCUGACCGAUCAAAGUAAAGCUUCUCUUGGGGAAGAUGGGGCAAUAAAUACCCUCGUCAAAAUGUUCAGUACGGGGAAGCUUGAAGCUAAGCUGUCUGCAUUGAGUGCACUGCAUGACCUAUCCAGCUUGGCAGAGAAUAUCCAGCGUUUAGUCGGCUCUGGUAUUGUGGGCUAUCUACUUCAGCUACUUUUCUCUGUUACAUCGGUUCUGAUGACUCUCCGGGAGCCUGCGUCAGCUAUUCUUGCACAAAUUGCUCAAUCAGAAUCAGUUUUAGUCAAUCCAGAAGUGGCUCAACAGAUGCUCUCACUUUUGAAUCUGUCGAGUCCAACAAUCCAGUGUCACCUCUUACAAGCUCUUAACUCCAUUGCAGCCCAUCCAAGUGCAUCCAAAGUUAAAAGGAAAAUGAGGGAGAAGGGUGCAUUUCAACUUCUCCUUCCCUUUCUUACUGAAAGUAACAGUAAAAUAAGAACCGAUGCGUUGAAAUUACUUUACGCUCUUUCUAAAGAUUCACCAGAAGAGUUGGGAGAGCAGCUAGGAGAAUCCCACUUAUUCACUCUGGUCAGCAUUACAGCAACCUCCGUAAGUACGAUUGAAAAAGCUGCAGCAGUUGGCAUACUGAGCAAUCUCCCUACUGCUGAUAAGAAAGCGACGGAUACGAUGAAGAGGGCAAAUUUGCUGCCCAUUUUGUUGUCAACAAAGAGUUGUAGUUCUGCGACUUCAACAUCCACAGAUCAGACCGAGCUCUGGUUGGAAGAGAGCAUUGCAGGCAUACUGAUUCGAUUUACUAUUCCAUCUGACAAGAAACUGCAACAUUUUUCUGCAGAACAUGGGGCUAUUCUUUCCCUUGUGAAGUUGCUAUCCAGUGGUUCACAACUUGCAAGAGCCAGAGCUGUGACCGCGCUGGCUCAAUUAUCACAAAGCUCAUUCUCCCUUGCAAAAUUUAAAAGAUCGAGGUGGUUAUGUGUGUCCCCCUCCUCCGAUGCACUUUGUGAAGUUCACGAUAGCUUCUGCGGAGUCAAAUGCACAUUUUGCAUCGUCAAAGCAGGUGCCGUCGCUCCAAUGAUUCAUGCGCUGGACGGCAAGGAGAGAGAAGCUGAUGAAGCCGUUCUGGACGCGCUCGCAACUCUCAUCCAAGGCGAGAAUUUCGAGAGCGGAAGCAAUUACUUGGCUAAAAUGUCGGUUGUCCCGGCCCUGAUAAAAGUUCUGGAAUCAGGAAAUACGAAGGCUCAGGAGAAAGCAUUAACAAUGCUAGAGAAUAUCUUCAGAAUUGAUGAGCACAGACUGAAGUAUGGAGCAUCUGCUCAGAUGGUGCUCAUCGAUCUGGCCCAGAGCGCGAACUCCAGAUUGAAAUCAACCGUUGCGAGAAUUCUGGCACAGCUCGAACUCUUGCAAAUCCAGUCUAGCUACUUCUGAGCGUGACGCAAUUUCGAGUGUAUUUUUAUGACCGAUUAGCUCCUUUUUGAGGAGAAAAUUGUUUGUUGGCUUCGCCUGGUUGUGAUUGGUUUCAGCUGGUAGGCUACUUUAGUGGUAGAAUCAUGAAAACUCCUCGCUGUGUAAAUAUACAGUACACAACCUAAAGAUUAUUAUUUUUUUCAAAA